CUCCUCAGACUCCGGCUCAACUCGUGGCCGGCCCGACAGGAGGCGGCCUGGAGGCGAAGGCGGGCAGCGGCCGUCCGCGCCUCCAAGCACCGCCCUCUGCGUCCCUCCCUCUCCUCCUCGGUUUCCUCCUCCUUCUCUUCGCCCACGGCCCGCCGUCUUUCUGGCUUGCCUGGCAGCGCGGCGGAAGUCUCGCUAGAGCCGCCGCUGCUGUUGCUGUUGCCGCUGGCGGCGCGUCCCUGGAGGCGGCCCGGAGCAGGAGCGAGCAAGCGCCCCGCGUCCGCUUGGGAAAAGAGGGAAAGUCGCCUUCGCCAAAAACGGAAGACUGCGCUGGUUCGGGAACGCCGGCAGCAACUGUCGCCGCGCCGCCUCAGCAUGGCAGAAGGAGCCCGUUCCUUGCUGGGAGGCAGCCGCGGCUUGAGCCCGGCGUCCAGCCCACUGAUGGGCAGAGGCGGCAAGAGCCGCUCGCUGCCCACGCCAUCGUCGUCGUCGUCCUCUUCGACUUCUCUGCAGCAAACCCACCACCACCAGCCCCAGACGCCGCCUGCCUCCCCGAAGCAGCCGCCCCCGCCGCCCCAGCUGACGGCUCGAGGCAGCCCGCCCGGGCACUGCUUCAGGAGGGUCACCCUCACCAAGCCCACCUUCUGCCACUAUUGCACCGACUUCAUCUGGGGGUUGGCCGGCUAUCUCUGCGAAGUUUGCAAUUUUAUGUCUCAUGAGAAGUGCCUGAAGUAUGUGAAGAUACCUUGCUCGUCUAUUGCUCCAAGUCUUGUAAGGGUUCCAGUUGCACAUUGUUUAGGACCCAUAGGACAUUACAAGAGAAAAUUCUGUUCUGUGUGCAGAAAGCAGUUGGAAAGUCCAGCAUAUCGCUGUGAAGUGUGUGAGAUACAUGUUCACACAGACUGUGCCCCCUUUGCUUGCAGUGAUUGCCGUCAGUGCCAUCAAGACGGUAAUCAAAAUCAUGAUAUGUGCCAUCAUCACUGGAGGGAGGGAAACCUUCCAUCAGGCUCACGUUGCAAAGUUUGUAAAAAAACGUGUGGCUCUUCCGACGUGCUCUCGGGUAUGAGGUGUGAAUGGUGUGGCAUCCUGGCUCAUGCUGCUUGCUAUGUGAUUGUGCCUCCAGAAUGUACUUUUGGAAGAUUAAGGAACAUGAUUCUUCCCCCCAGUUGUGUGCGAUUAUUUUCUCGGAAUUUCAGUAAAAUGCACUGUUUUCGAAUAUCAGAAAGUAUACAGACAGAGACAGAUGACGAUGAUGACGUUGAUAAUUCAACACAGUCAUCACUAAAAGAAUCCCAGGUUUCUGCCGAUUCCAGUAAGCAAAUAUUAAAAAUAUACGAUGGGAAUGACGCAGUAAAACGUAAUCAGUAUCGUCUCAUUACAGUUCCGAGGAUUGCAAAAAAUGAAGAAGUUGUGGAGGCUGCGCUGAGGGCGUACUACAUCAAUGAUGAUCAACAAGAUUACGAACUUCAGACAUUCACUCAGCAGGCCUUGUUUUGUGACGACAUCAUUAAUAGGAACGAUACAACUGAAGAGGUGCAGCCGGGGUCUGUCUUCCCAGAAGCAAUUCCUGAGGCUUGGGUUAUCAGAGCUAAACCUAAGGAGAACGAAGUCAUAAAGAUUUAUCCUGGCUGGCUGAAGGUUGGAGUGGCCUGUGUCUCAAUACGUAUAUAUAAGGGAAGCACCACCGAAAUGGUCAUUAAAGAAGUUCUUCCACUACUUGGAUACCAGUCAGAUUACUUCCAAAACUUCAAAUUGGUGGAAGUCCUUAUGGGCUCCAGACAAGUUCAGCGAAUGGUGCUGGAUGAUCAUGAAUCAAUUAUCAGCAGAUUACAAGACAUCAGAAAGACAUCAUUACGGCAGAUGAAUCAAACAAGAUUUUACAUUGUAGAAAACAAUAUAUCGACUGUGCGUGUCCAUCUGUUUGUUGGUGGUCUACCACUACAUCUUACUCCAGAGGAAUAUACAAAAAUCCUCAAAGAUGAAUUAGCCAUCAAAACAAAUUUAGUUUCUGUGAGUCACAUAUAUUCAUCUCAAGGUGCUGUUAUACUAGAAAUUACUUGUUUUUCCGAAGCUGAAAGAUUAUAUAUGUUAGUUAAAGAUACUUCCGUCAAUGACAAGGCAUUAACUGCAGUUAUACUCCCAGAAGUUCUGCAAAAUAAGCUUCCUCAGAACUGCUGUCCUUUACUUGUAUUUGUGAAUGCCAAAAGUGGAAGUCUUAAAGGUCGGGAUUUGUUGUACAGUUUUCGAAAACUGUUGAACCCUCAUCAGAUCUUUGAACUAACAAAUGGAGGUCCGCUGCCUGGAUUUCAUGCCUUCUCUCAAAUUCCGUAUUUCCGAAUAUUGGUGUGCGGCGGUGACGGCACAGUUGGAUGGGUCCUUGGUGCCCUGGAAGAGAUCAGGCACAAGCUCUCCUGCCCUGAACCGUCUGUGGCUAUUUUGCCUUUAGGAACAGGUAAUGACUUGGGGAGGGUCCUGCGCUGGGGUGCUGGCUAUAGUGGCGAAGAUCCGUACUCCAUUCUGAUAUCUGUAGAUGAAGCAGAUGAUGUACUUAUGGACCGUUGGACCAUCCUUUUGGAUGCUCAAGAGUCAUUGGAAAGCUCAGAAAAUGGUAUAUUGGAGCCAGAACCUCCUAAGAUUGUACAGAUGAAUAAUUAUUGUGGCCUUGGAAUUGAUGCAGAGCUGAGUCUGGGUUUCCAUCAUGCUAGGGAAGAAGAGCCAGACAAAUUCAAUAGCAGGCUACACAACAAAGGCGUCUAUGUAAAAGUUGGACUGCAGAAAAUGAGCCAUACCAGGAGUCUUCAUAAAGAAAUCAAACUUCAGGUGGACCAGCAUGAAGUUGAACUUCCAAGUAUAGAGGGUCUUAUUUUCAUAAAUAUUCCCAGUUGGGGAUCAGGGGCUGACCUUUGGGGGUCUGAUAAUGACAGUCGGUUUGAGAAACCAAAAAUUGAUGAUGGCUUGUUAGAAGUAGUUGGUGUCACCGGAGUUGUUCACAUGGGUCAAGUUCAAGGUGGCCUUCGUUCUGGCAUCCGGAUAGCCCAAGGUUCUUACUUCCGUGUAACACUUCGGAAGCCAAUUCCUGUCCAAGUAGAUGGUGAGCCCUGGAUUCAACCACCAGGUCAGAUAAUUAUUUCUGCAGCAGGACCAAAGGUUCAUAUGUUAAAGAAAUCAAAACAGAAACAGAAGAAAACUGGAAACAUUAAAGAUUCAAGAAUUGAGAGCACAUUGGCUGACGAAGCAGGGCGCUGACGGGAGAUACUCAUAGUCCAAAUGCUGCACAUCUACUGUAGAUGAUAUUUGUCUGGCAAAAUACUGUUGCAUAGUUCAGGUCAUUUAUGAGCCUGUCUUCUUGUUCCAUGUUCAUUGUUCAGUAACCAUGUAACUGACAUGAAAUAUGAUUAUACACAUGAGUUGAUCAGAGGAGUUUGUAUUAGGGAGCCUAUUGAAGGAUUUAAGCUAGUCCAGAGAAAAAUAAAUAACUUGGGUGAGAAUAGAAAAGAACCAAUAAUAUAAUUUGUGAACUAGUUCUUUUUUUCCUGAUCUACACAACAAGGAAUCCCAUUGCCUUCUCCUCUUCACCUGUGCAACCCACAGGUUACUCAUACGGUUUUUAAUCAAUAAUUGUUAAACACACAACAGAGCUCUCAUUGAAUUGGCAAAGAAAAAGUUCAAUAGAAUGCAGAAGAAGGAGAACUCUCCCCAUAAUGGUUAGCUGUGCUCUGUUUUGAGUUUUCAUCUGUGCACCGCAAACACUUUCACUACACUACCACAAGAAAUUUUUUCAGAGAAAAGAAAGCUCCUAUAAUUUUGUCUCUUUUUUAUAGUUUACAGAUUUUUUUUUUAUAAAACCUACAAGUUUUGGUUUUCUAAUGUACCGCAUGUGUUUCUUUUCUCUAAUUCUGAUCUGUAAGUCAAUGUUCCUGAUUUCAUUCUCUAACCUUCUCUUUCUGUCAGCAUUCAGACUGUUGCUGAAAUAUCAAACUCAGAAUGGGUACAAAGCACAAUGUAGAAAAUCAAUCUAUUUCAACCUUUAUUUGAUAAAUAUUAAAUGACAAUGCAGAAAAUGAAAUAUACAUUGGUUUAUUUUCAGUUAAAAUACUUUUUAACUUUUUAGACACAAAUAAUGGAUUUUGUUCUCUGAAUGUGAUAAUUGUACUGAUGGUGCCAAAUAUCCUACAUAGAGAAUUCCUUGUGAUUAAGAAACUGAUCAUCUGCCAGUACACAGACAUUUUUUACUUGUUUUCAUGAUUAUCAUUUUGUGGUGUCUUUUCCCUCUAUAACAAUCAUUCAUAGUUUUGGCCAUCAACUCCAUAGAGGUAUCCAGUGGUGGGAUUCAGCUGAUCCACACUGAUUCGGCAGAACCAGUAGCUAAAUUUUGCUAAGUUCGGAGAAUUGGCUUAAUGCACAGUGCUUCCGGAAGUCCAGUCUAGGCCUCGGAGGUCUGGAGGAGGCCUUCCAGGCCUGAACAGCCCACCGGAAGUGCAUGGAUGCCACUUCCAGAAGUCCGUUCUAGGCCUGCAUCCAAUAAGAG